AUGGCUGCUGUGUCGGUCGCACAGCAGAAACACAAGGGCGGCACCAAGGCAGACCAAGGCAGACGACAGAUAUUGCUAGCACCCACGCACGCUCGGCGUCGGCACUCGUCCCGCAGCGCUUCCAACUUCGGUUCCAGGCUCCUUGUAGGGUACGGUACAGACAAGAUCGGCGCCGCUCAUCUUGCACCCGCACACCCCCCCGUGUGCCUUGUCCUGCCCGUAUCCACCAUCCAUCCCCUCCGUCCCAUCAUCCAUCCUCCCAUCCAGGUCGGAGCCAAGACUCUCCACCAGCGCCAGCCCACCCAGCAGAUCCCGGAACGCGCGCACCAGCGACUCGGUCUCGAAUCGCCCACUCCCCAGUUUUCGCCCACAGCCUUUCGGCCGCCUUCGCUCUAUCCGAAGCCCGGCUAG